AAGCUCACCGUCCCUACGAGGCGCGACGUCAUAGAUUUGGUUUCGGCGGAGCGUUUUCAGUGUAACACCUCAACAUGAACGGGGAAGGCAGAAUCACACCGGCCCGCGAAAACUGCGUCUAUACCAGCUGCUACUGUGAAGAAAAUGUUUGGAAACUCUGUGAGUUCGUCAGAAAGGAGAGAACCACACCUCUGGAACAACUGUUUGUGAUUUUCAUCUCUAAUGAGAACAGAAUGGUUCCUCUAUGGAAACAGAAGUCUGGACAUGGAGACCAGCCGGUUAUCUGGGACUACCACGUGAUCCUGCUGCAGGUGGGUCUUCAGUCAGACUCUCUGGUUUAUGAUCUGGACUCUGAGCUUUCGUUUCCCUGCAGCCUGAAACUCUACGCGGCCCAGGCUCUCCGCUCAGACUGCAACAUCAGGCCUGACAAACACCACAGGAAGUUGCGAGUUAUACCUGCUGACAGCUUCCUGUUGAACUUUGCGUCUGAUCGAUCUCACAUGAAGACUUCUGAUGGAUCCUGGAGGAUGCCCCCCCCACCAUACCCCCCCAUACACACCGCAGAGAGUCACAUGAACCUGGAUGACUUCAUCAGUAUGGACCCUGCUGUGGGCUGGGGGACAGUCUUCAGUCUGGACAACUUCCUGAAGAGCUAUGUAGGAAACUCUUCAUCAUGAUUAGCUUCAUCGUCGUCAUGAUGGCAGCUCUCUCCGACAUCAGGCAGCAGCAAGGUAGCUUAGCUUAGUAAAGUUAUUUUAUUUUAGCUUAUCUUAGUUUAUCCUAGCUUAGUUAGCUAGCUUGAGCCUGUCGAGCCAAUGGAAAAUAAAAGAAUAAAUAAAUACGGACUCGGUCAACCAACAAACUGAACCCGUCUAGUGAAACCAGAGCUGAUAGUUUAACUGUUGUACCUGAAACACAGUUUGCAGUUCUGAGGAUUUCGGCCUCAUAAUUAUUCAUAAAAGUAGAAGUUCUUCAGACUCCAGUUUUUUUGAUAGUUCAUUUAAGUCACCAGUUGCCCAAAAUCCAUAAAUGCAGGUUAUUCCAUGACCAUCACUGGAUCCUCCUGUAAAAUCCCUGAUGUAGAAUUAACACAGUCUGAGGAUUAGUUUUAUCACCCUUCGGUUUCAAUCAACUCAGCUUCACAAUAAAUACAAAAACAAAUGCUACUGCGGAGAUUUUAACAAGUGGUAGACAACUCUCUUUCCAUUGAUAUGAAAAAGUAGACUUCCCUGUACUAGUGGAGUGCCCGUUCAGAAUGUGCCCGUCAGUAGAGGCUGACUGCCGGGCUUGCGAUAUUCGAGCUUGCAGCUUUCUUGAGAGCAUCAUCCAAACAACUUCACGCUCAACACAGCACUUCCUGGGGUCCUGAGCAAUGCACCUCCCGUGACAUAGUUGCGUCCUGUAGCAGUGCUAGAAAUAAACUUGUCAUUUCAGGAGUUGGGUGCUCCGCUCCGCUCCAAUAGCAUCUGGGUGAUGGUGUAGAAAGUGCCAUUGCAGUUGAAUUCCACCUUUCUUAAAAUCCUCACGUGUGUGCGCUGUAGAUCGUCCAGGUGCUGCACAGCCCACGUGGUGUAGUUCCACCCUAUUCUUCACAUCAAGUAACAUGUAGAAAAGCAAUGUUUGAAGCUACCUCGAGAACCACUCAUCCCAAAAACCUUAGUCGACACUGCACUUCCUUGGGUCCACAGCUACACACCUGCCAAGUUUGAAGUCGAUGGAAUGAGAGGUUGAUGAGAAAAUCGAAACACAGAGAGACAGAGACAGAGAUUCCUUCAUUUAGAGUUAGUUCUGACUUGAGGGGAAAGUUUAAAAAUGUUUUUUGUCCACAAAAUGUACUUUUGGACAUUAUUAAAAAAUAAGUCAUGAAAACCACUUCGAAGAAGUCUGAAAGGGUUUUGGUCAGAGCUUCACUUUAAAUCAGUUUGUUCUGAAACGUACAGUCGGGACAUGUGCUGAGAAGUUUCAGCUGUAACUCGGUACAGCUCGAUGUGAGCUGAUGUAAUCAACAGACUGAAAACACCUGAGAGCUGCAGAUGCUCGCUGAACAAACUGAAAGGUUGUAUUCUGUAUUUUCAGACUGUUUCUGUGUCCAGUUUAACGCCUGAUGGUCUAUGCGGUUAAACUCCAAAUUCACUUUUCACGUCUGUUAAUCUUUAUCAGAGGUUUGUAUCAGGAGGUGAGAUCAACUUUAGUCUUCAUUGUCUUCACUGAGGUCAGUGAUCCUGAUCCUACCCGGUAUCAUGAAGCCGGUUAAGAAGUGCUUCGGUUAACUCUGGUUUAUUAAUCCAACUACAAGACGGGCAGAGCUGUUAAUUACAAACAACAUCAGAACCACAAAGAACCUAAUGUUAAAUGAAACAGUGAAACCUCCAGAAAAAUUAGGUUACAGCGAAGCAAAAAGUUUUAUUCAGCCAAGUGAAAUGUAAAGAAAUUGAUCACUGAAGCAGAAGAAAUAAGAAGCUGCAGAUACAUGUAAUACUUUAUUUGUUAAUGUAAGGGUAUAAAUAAUUAUACGUCUCUAUUAGAGAGUGAGUAUUUCUGUCUGGUGAUGAAAUGAAAUGUUGCAUUUAAAAUCCUGGUAAAUAUUGAACAGUGUGGAUUAUUUUUCGUCAUCUUCUGAACAGCGGUGACAGAAUAAGAGAAAAAGCAUUGACACUGUCAGAAAUCAAUGAAACUUUGUGCAAUUAAACUUUCUUCUCUUUGUUUGAAAACCAGUGACACGUGGAACAGCAAAAUGUUUUCUACUGAUGUAUAAAAAUAUAUACUGCUCUUUAUUAUUUGUCACUCUAUUGAAAACUCCCUGUCAGGAUCCUGUAGAAAUGAUGAGUCUGUUUUUCCAGUGAUGUGACUGCUCAGUAGUCAGGCUGUUGACAGAUUUUGUUCUGAUCCUCUGAAGUUUUCCAAGUGAUUUUACUGUUGGCAUCGUUGUCGUUGAGACACUUUCCGUUUUCAGUGCUAUGAUAAAGGUAGGGUAAA